UCACAGCGCCGCCCAAGCCGUCACGUGAGGGGUUCCUCUGGUCAUGUGACCCCAACCGCCUGACCCGAAGCUGCCGGGCAAAGUGAACAUGAGCCCCCAUCCCUGGCCGACCCUGCCCUGGGCCCUGGUUCUGCUGCUGGGGCUGCAGCCACGAGGCCUGGAGGCCAGGGCCCACAGACCCAAGGACCCUGAGUUUCAGGAGGCCUACUUUGAGCAGCUUCUGGACCAUUUCAACUUUGAGAGGUUUGGGAACAAGACCUUUCUCCAGCGGUUCCUGCUGACAGAGAAGUUCUGGAAGAGGGGCGAGGGGCCCAUAUUCUUCUACACCGGCAACGAGGGGGAUGUGUGGUCCUUCGCCAACAACUCAGGGUUCAUCCUGGAGCUGGCAGCGCAGCAGGGGGCCCUUGUCGUCUUUGCCGAACACCGUUACUACGGAAAGUCGCUGCCUUUCGGUGAGCGGUCCACAUGGCGUGGGUACACGGAGCUGCUGACGGUGGAGCAGGCCCUGGCUGACUUCGCAGGGCUGCUCCGGGCGCUCCGGCAGGAGCUCGAGGCCCCCGAUGCCCCGGCCAUCGCCUUUGGCGGCAGCUACGGGGGGAUGCUCAGCGCCUACCUGAGGAUCAAGUACCCACACCUCGUGGCGGGGGCCCUGGCGGCCAGUGCCCCUGUGGUCUCGGCGGCAGGCCUCGGCGACCCCUACCAGUUCUUCCAGGACGUCUCCGCGGACUUCCAAGGCCAGAGCCCUGAGUGUGCCCGGGCUGUGCAGGAUGCGUUCCGGCAGAUCAGGGACUUGUUCCAGCAGGGAGCCCCACACGUCGUCAGCCAGGAGUUCGGUACCUGCCAGCCCCUCUCCGGACCAAAGGACCUCACCCAGCUCUUCGGCUUCGCCCGGAACGCCUUCACCGUGCUGGCCAUGAUGGACUACCCGUACGCCACUGACUUUGUGGGCCACCUUCCUGCCCACCCCGUCCAGGUUGCCUGCAGCCGGCUGCUGAGCGAGAGCUCAAGGAUCGCGGGGCUUCGCGCACUGGCCGGGCUGGUGUACAACUCCUCCGGCAUAGAGCCCUGCUACGACAUCUACCUGCAGUACCAGGCCUGUGCCGACCCCACGGGCUGUGGCUUGGGCAGUGAUGCCAAGGCCUGGGACUACCAGGCCUGCACUGAGAUCAGCCUGACGUUCUCCAGCAACAACGUGUCCGACCUCUUCCCUGAGCUGCCCUUCACUGAAGCCCAGCGCCGGCAGUACUGCCUGGACACGUGGGGCGUGUGGCCACGGCAGGACUGGCUGCAGACCAGCUUUGGGGGGGGCGACCUCACAGCUGCCAGCAACAUCAUCUUCUCCAACGGAGACCUGGACCCCUGGGCGCGGGGAGGGAUCCAGAGCAACCUGAGUGCAUCCGUGCUCGCCAUCACCAUCCAUGGCGGGGCGCACCACCUGGACCUCAGAGGCUCCCACCCAGACGACCCUGCAUCCGUGGUGGAGGCCCGCAGGCUGGAGGCCGCUCUCAUCGGCAAGUGGGUGGAGGCAGCGAGGCCCACGGGGCUCCAGGGCUGAAGGCUGCCCGCCGCAGGGCCAGAGACGACCGGCUGGGGCCUGAGGCGAGGCAGGGGCAGGCGCCAGGCCCCGGGUCCUGCAGCUGGAGCCGUGCCAGGGUGGGCAGGGCCUUGUCCAAGGAGGCCCUGGACAAACACUCCUGGCCUGUCAGGUGUGUCCAGUCCUGUCCGUCCCGUCGGAGGCCCCGGGCACUGUGGCAUGCUCACACCACCUCCUCAACGUGGCUGUUGAAUAAAGCAGAGUCCUCA